CCGUGUAGACGUUCAGCUAAGCCGGUCGUUAUUGACGAUGUCCACAGUUGUCGUGUAAGUAAGAGUAUUCAUCGGAGGAAAAACAAAACAAAAUGCCAACCAGUACUUUAGCACAGGAGUGUAGCAGCCAAGAGGUAAAUUUACAGGCGGGACAAAUGAAGAAAUCUUCAUUACAGGAAAAGAAUUUUAAGAAACUUCAAGUUUCAGUGAAACAAACGAAUGAACAGGAUGCCAGCUGUAUGAGUCCUGUUGACAGUGCUCACGUCCUCCUCAAACCAGCAGAACCUCAGUUUGAUCAUUUUGAUUAUGACCAGAAACAUUGUCACGUGCCAUACCACCAACCAAAUGGACAGAUGAACGAAUACGCUGCUACGUUCGUGCCUUCCCAGGGUGGCAACCGAAUGGAUUCGUACGUGGAUCUCAGCCAGUGUGAAAAAGAAAACAAAAGAAAUUUACAAUAUAGACAACAGCAAAUGACCAAUGUUGGUCAUCCAAGUGUCCAGACAGUUAGUGGACAUCAACAAUAUCAAACACAAUCACACGCUCAAAACCAUUGUCCAAUUAACAUAGAGAAUUGUGUGGCGUCACAAAACCACGGGUGUCCAAACCUGUGUCCGAAAACUCGGAAAUCUUCCAAUUUCACGUGUUUGACAUGUUUUAUUGUGGCGAUGGUGUUUUUACAGCUGGUAUGGAUGGGACUGUUUGCGUGGUUACUUGUAGGGAAAACAGACUUUCGUCAUUCUGAUCUGAAAGACGACGGACAUACAUUACCACAUAAAGACCAGACUGGGGGACACGGCAGCCAUGAUUCUCACCAAGUAACAAUGUCUCCUGUGAAAAUUCCAGAGCCUCCACAGUAUCCGAGUUAUGCCCCGCCCAUAACGACGAGACCACUUCCGGUGGUGCCGAACUUGGGGAUUAAAAUGGAGAUCGAUCCGACAUUUUUAUCGAGUGCGGGUAAUACGGUGAUGUGGACAUACCCGGGUGAGCGUCACCUGACCGGGAUAGAAUAUCAUAACGGCUACUUCAGGGUCAAUGUGACCGGAUUCUACUUUAUCCAGUCAACAUUGAGCCUCGACCAUCGUCCAAACAACGACGAGGACGGCAACAGCCACAUCCGGCUGAACCACUGCAUCAAAGUUGAUGGACGGCCCAAGAUGGACGUCUGUGAAAACAUAGAACUAACCCCAAUCAAAGCGGGGGCAAGUACCGUCCAAGAUCCUAUGAUGUACCUUGAGAGCGGAAGUAGUGUGCACGUGUCAAUUAGUCACAUGACCAAAAUAUACGAUAGCGUGUCAGAGAAUAGAUUUGUUAUGUUCUUACAAAGAACUGUAUGAAUGGUAUUUAUUUAUGUAAGGGUAUGUGUUGGUGGGUGAAUGUGUACGUGUGGUCCAUUUACAUUGUUCAUAGGGGUAAAUGAGCUUCCGGAAUAUAUGUAGUUAACUUCCGGGGGGUUUGUUUCGUACAGAAUGCAUCAUCUUCAUAAAUCAACAUGGAAUUUGACAUGUGAUUUCAUCUUUUUCAAAAUAUGUAUAGCUAUGUCUGUAUUAACAGUUCAUCAACAGCAAGUUUGCGAUAACUGUUAUACACGAGAGCAAAAGAACAGACGAACGACAGAUUGAACUUUGAGAUUAACAUAUGCUUUCAAUCAAAUUUCAGAAAGAGCGUGUAACGGUUCUUAUCAGAUAGCAUAAUAUCCUGGUACUCCACGAAUGAAGUGAAAAUAUGGGUAUAUCGUUCAUCUGUUGGCAAGCUCUCGCUUCUCAAUAAUAUAAUAUAUGACAUUCUUAUUCACGGGAGCUCUUUGAAAUCAUGUACAUAUGUUUAUGGAGUCAAUGUAUGUUCUGGAAACCGCAAAACUGAAAAAAAAAAUCAUUAUAGGAUGUAGAGGAGUGACGGCCAUAGUGGAAGUACUGUGUGUAGCGCAUGCGUGGUGUGCAAACGAGAGAACACGUGUUGUUUUGCGGUUUGACAAUCAUAAUCAACCGGGGCAUCCAACGGUUCUUUUGAGUUGUUGUAGAUUAGUUUUUCAUUUUCGGAGUAUAAAAUCAAAACUUUUCUAAUUAGAAAUGAUAUUUAUAUACACCUUUCCAGUCAGGAAGGAGUUUUCAGAUUGGCAUUUUCAAACGUCUUAUGUCUAUUCCAUCAGCAUCUACUAAAUCAGAUUUCAUGUACGAGACGUUCAUGAUGAUAGUUUAGCUGGUGUGAUUUGAAUAAAAUGAUUUGUAAGAAUCCGAUAUUGCAUGGAAAGUAUUGUAUAGCUGAUGCUGCAAUGUAUUUUACCCAGAAUAGAUAUAUAUUUUUCUACAACAUACCCGCGAGUAUUAUACAUUUUGUAAAUAUACAUAGUAUUUAAAUUUUGUGAAUAACUGGCACACAACCCUUAUUACAAAAUGGCGAUAAAAGCAAGAUGGAAAACAGCUAGGAAAACAUCUCAAAUUUGAUAAAAAAUUGGAGAAGACGUAAAAAUAUUUUCACCAGUUAUCUCCCCUGGCUGUUGUCCACGUGACUCAGUUCAAUGACUGUUUUGCCUGCAAAAGACAUCGUGAGUGUUUAAUUAAAACUGAACAUCAAUUUUUUUCAUUGGUCGGUGUCUAAUUGUGCAAAUAAAAUAUGUUGGGCUUCCAUUGCGAAUGUUGUCCUCGAGAUGGUCACUCAUUUCGUUCCGCCAUUUUGUAUGGGGUUUUCCGAUCCAGUUGUUUGCAAUAGGAUUAGUUACGUUAACUUGUUGUUGUGAUAUUAACAAGGGUUGUUACGUUUUGGAGAAAAUGUUUUCAUUGAAUUCAUGUUUGAUGUAAAAUGUUUACUGUGAUACUAAAAUAAAAACAAACAAUGGAAAUGAA